AUGCGUGUCAUCAACGCCUUCAUUGCCACCACCGCCGCCAUGAUGGCCACCGCCGCUGUGGCCAAACCCCAUGGUCUUCAUGCCAACUUCCACAAGCGCGCAACCACCAGCACCAGCAAGGUCGGCUCGGCCUACAAUGACGUAUCCCUCAUCUCUCUGAUCAGCGAUGCCUCGUGGGCAUACAAUUGGAAUGAUGCCUCCGACGGCACUGUCCCCUCUGGCGUCGAAUACUGCCCCAUGCUCUGGGGGCCAAAGAUGUACAACAGCUGGACCUCAGCCGUCAGCACCGCCCUUUCCGGAGGAAGCACCUGCGUGCUAGGCUUUAACGAGCCUGACCUGGGUAGUCAGUCCAACAUGAGCCCCCAACAGGCCGCCAUCGACUACCAAACCUACAUCACCCCGUUGGCUGGCCAAGCCACCCUCGUGUCACCCGCCAUCACCAACGGUGCAGGCGAGAACGUCGGCUUCAACUGGAUGCAGAACUGGCUCACAGCCUGCAACGGCGCAUGCAAACCCAAUGUCAUGGCCAUCCACUACUACGCAGAUGCCCCGGCCUCCGAUUUCUUCGACCAUGUGAACAACGCCACCAGCCUUGCUAGUCAGAACGGUAUGGAUAGCGUCUGGAUCACCGAGUUCCAACAUACCGGCAGCGCUGCUGAUCAGGUAGCUUUCUUGCAGGAGGUUAUUCCUUGGCUUAACUCUAACACUGGCGUUGGUCGUUACGCUUACUUUUUCACGGCGGAUGGCUACCUGCUGUCGGACAGUGUGCUGAGCACCGUCGGACAAGCUUACACUGCGUCUUACUAG